AUGAGCGAACUGUAUAAGGAGGCCGCGGCGCUCCUGCACAAGCUGGAGCAGCGUCAGGGUGGGCUCAAGAGCCUGGCGUAUGCGGACUCUACAGUGCACAAACGCAGCUCGUUCGCGCUGGUGUGUGAGACGCUGCGUUACAAACCAUUGCUUCGCGAGCUGCUGGCGGCCGUGCCCGAGUGCUACAAGGCUCUCAAGACGCCCAAGAACGCAAAGGAGCCGCCUGCGCUCGUGUUUGUGGCGCUCUACGACCUGUUGCUCGGUCGCCAGAAGAUUCAGGGCGGUGGCUACGUCAAGAAGGCGCUUAUGCAGCACCAGACGAGCUUCCGCGCGGCGCUGGCGAGACUUAAAAUUAAGCGCAAAGUGGCGUCCAAUGAGGCGUUGCUGCCGCCCGAGAACCGUCAGCAACACCUUGCAUUGCCUCGCUACGUGCGUAUUAACACGCUACUGGCCUCGCCCGAGGAGGCUAAGGCCUUUGCGAGCGAGUACGAUGCCAAACAGGACCGAGACGUACGCGACCUGCUCGUACUACCGUCGGGCACGGAGCUGCACGAGCACGAGAUGGUCAAGAGCGGAAAACUCGUGCUACAGGAUAAAGCCAGUUGCUUCCCGGCCUAUGUGCUGCAUGGAGAGCACGCGGAAGCCCAGGACAACCAGGGCGACGUCAUCGACGCGUGUGCUGCGCCUGGCAACAAGACGAGUCAUCUCGCCAUGCUCUUGCAGCAACAAGAUGGCGACGGAGAGGACGCCACAUGUCCCAAGCGACGCGUGUUUGCGUUCGAUCGGUCACCCAAGCGACUCGACUUACUAAAGCGCCGUAUGACGCUCGCGGGGGCGGCGACUCGAGUACAAGUCGAACUCCAGAGCUUCCUGGACGUGCCGGUGGAUGACGACAUGUACCGUAAUGUUCGUAGCAUUCUACUCGAUCCAUCUUGCUCUGGUUCAGGCAUGACAAACCGCCUAGAUCACUUGCUAGACAUUGCUAGUUCGCAUGACACGGUACUAGAGCCUGACCAUGGCGCGGAAUACGAGGAAGACACAGCGAAACGUUUGCAAUCGCUCGCUGACUUUCAGCUACAGGCGCUGCGCAAAGCGUUUUCCUUCCCACAGGUCAAACGUGUCGUGUACUCGACGUGUUCGAUUUUCCAGAAAGAAGACGAGGAGGUUGUGGCUGCAGCUCUGGAAUCAGAAGAGAACAGCGGCGUGACGCGUCCAUUUGUGCUUAAACCAGCGCUUACGUCGUGGCCACGUCGUGGGCUUCAAGUUGCAGGGCUGACGGCUGAACAGGCCCAAGCGUUAGUGCGAGCCAAUGGGCUCGAGGACUCGACUAACGGAUUCUUUGUAAAAAACGCAAGACUUUGUCUGCCACGCAGAAGGAAAAACGCAAGAGGCGGAAGCGCGAGAAACGGAAAAAGAACGACAAGGCAGGAUCGACAAGCAAACAAGAUGAAGAAGAAUACAACAGCUCAAUAG